CGGCGAAUUACGUAGGAAAUAUUAAUUUAAUUAGACAACGCGAACAGUUAGAGACUUUUAAUGAAUUAAUAACGGGAUCUAAAAGAGCCGAACGAAAUAGUUCGCAUUGCUUUAGCCACUCUCUUCGUGGUGCACUCUGCUGCAGAGAAAAAGCCGUAAAUAAAGAACUGAAUAUGACCAGUUACUGCUAGUAAACUGCAUGCAAAAGCUGAUUACUUUGGUGUAUCCUCUCCCUCAGCUUCGCCGCUUCGUGUGCCGAGAGCGAGGUGUAUCCGAAGGCACACGAUGGUAUUUGUACCUAAUGAAAAUAAUAUUUAAUUUUAACAGGCAGGUCUCUCUUCGAAGUGCAGCUUUAUGACGAACUUCAGGUAGAUGGGCGUCAAAAAGGCAUCGCUAAUCCGUGCCAGAAAGUUUACCUGCUAACGCAUAUAAAGAGGAUGUGAGUGUGGAAUCGUCGCAAUCGUUAUGUGAUUUUGGCACAGCCAACAAGUUACAAGUUAUUUGACGAUGGUACUUGAGACAGAUGCGCGCCAAGUUGUGAAGAUGCUGCAGGAUAAAUACACCCAUGAGGAAAUCGCCCAUAUGCUCGAGUGUGAUGUGGAAAGCGUGAUGAACUGCUUGACGGAUGAUGAUGCUAAAAUGCCAAAAUUGAAACUGAGACCGCUGCCGCCGAAAGAUGAGGUGGUGAUCAACAGACGGGAUGUGGGGCGACCAAAAGUGUUUGAGAAUCGCAAGUUGGUGGAGCAGCUGCUCAGUGAGCAUCCCCAUUAUACAUCCAUCGAUGUGCAGCGGGAGCUGCUCAACCAGUUCGGCAUCGAGGUCAGUCGUCGCACACUCCAGCGGCGCAUCAGUGAGAUUCGCGCCAAUAUGCUCCAGCCAAAGCAGAAAUUCUUCAGUGCAUACGUGAAGCAGAGGCGCGUGGAAUGGGCUCGUGCUCACGAGGAGUGGACCGUUCAGGAUUGGCGCAACAUCUUCAACAUGGACGACAAUAAGGGGCGAGACGAUGGCUUAACGGCGAAGGAAAUAUUUUUGGACACCUUGGUGGGUCCGGACUGUUCCGAAUGCAAUGAUCUCAAUCUGAUGGAGCAACUGAUGGCCAUUAUUGAGCCGAAAAUACAAACGACGGCACCGCAAAAUGUCUACGAGUUUCGAGCGGUUCUCUACAAUAUUUGGCACAGUGACCAGGAUCUGGUCAACAAGAUCGAUCAGCUCUACGAGACGAUGACUUGGCGGGUGGCGGCCAUCUUAUCGAGCGGUGGAGCAGCAACCGACUUUUGAUAGCCAGUUGGAAUAACGUAUCAUAUCUUGCGAUAGACCAACUUCUAAAUAUACAAAUAAAUAUGUGAUACAAAUAUAAGUUUUCCAUUGUACCAUCGGUUGUUUGACUGAAUUUAAAAAAUUACGUAUCGAUUUCUUUUAAUCGAUUGACUUACAGUCAGAGCAAGGCUGCUACAUGUGGUACAAAUGUUCUUUAUCUUUAUUGUUUUUAAUUUAAGCGCAAUUUUUUGCAAUGUUAAGAAUAGCAGUGCGUGUAGAAAAAACAACUUAAAAUGUGUAUAUACAACAAAUAAAUUUUUUUUAAA